GCAAGAAAACAGAACAAACUCAGCAACGACGACGAGUGGAGCAGCAGGAGGCGAAACGGACGGACGGACGGACGGACGAACGCGCGACACCUCAAGCCGUCUUUUUCGCGUAUCGGAUUUCGGAUUUCCCGUUUCGUUUCGGAAACUUGAGAAAGAAAAAUGUCGGAUAGCAGAGACCCGGCAAUUAAGCUUUUCGGGAGGACGAUUCCACUGUCUACUCCGGACGAAAUCUCGUCGGUAUCGUCCGUUGCAGGUGAUGGACCUGAAGAUCAUGAGCCGUCUUCCACGAGCGAGAAGAAAUCCAAUGGUGGAGAAGACGAAGAAGGAGAGGGAGAAGAAGAGAAGGAUUGGGAGAAUACAAAAACAACUGAAAUCAAAGAUAAAGAUCCGCCCGCACUGAUUUCAGAAGAUGACUUAGCUAAGCCAACAACCUCUUCAACGGUAAAAGAGAGCCCCAAAACGCCUUCUGUUGAUAAGGAAGCCCUGCCUGUGGAAGCUACAAGGGCCAAUGAAGAACAAAGCGACACAAGCAUCUCGAAAGACAAGGUUCUAAGGAAGCCCGAUAAAAUACUGCCAUGCCCUCGCUGUAACAGCCUAGACACAAAGUUCUGCUACUACAACAAUUACAACGUCAACCAACCACGGCAUUUCUGUAAGAACUGCCAGAGAUACUGGACGGCUGGUGGGACCAUGCGGAACGUGCCUGUGGGAGCUGGACGUCGCAAGAACAAGAACUCCACCUCACAUUACCGGAACAUAAUUGUGCCCGAAGCUCUUGCAGCUCGAACUGACAUGUCUGAAGCAAUUCAUCACGCCCCAUUAAAACCCAAUGGCACCUUCCUCAGUUUCGGCUUGGAUGCCCCCCUCUGCGAAUCCAUGGCGUCUGUUUUGAACCUUGCAGACAAAUCGAUGCAGAAUUGCCACGGGAACGGGUUUCAUAGAUCAGAAGAACAGAGGAUUCCAGUUUCCCGUGGAGCAGAAAAUGGCGAGGAGCAAUCAAGCGGGUCUUCUGUCACAGCUUUGAAAUCCACAGACAGAAAUCAUGCUAAUUUGCAGGAGCCUGCUGCACAGAACGGUCAAGGAUUCCCUCCUCAGAUACCGUUCUUUGGUGGAGCUCCUUGGACAUAUCCAUGGAAUUCAGCUCAAUGGGGCACUCCAUUGGCACCGCCCCCUUUCUAUCCCUCAAGCUUCCCAAUACCAUUUUACCCGCACCCUGUGACCCCUUACUGGGGUUGUACUAUACCAGGCACUUGGAAUGUUCCUUGGGUACCUAUUCCAUCUUCUCCCAACAAUGGAUCCUCUGUCUCCAGUUCUAAUUCCCCAACCUUAGGAAAGCAUUCGAGAGAAGGAGAAUCACUCAAAGAAAGGGACACGGAGAAAGAUGACACAUCCAAACAGAGCAGCUCAGAGAGGUGUCUGUGGAUUCCUAAGACGUUGAGAAUCGACGACCCUGGUGAAGCUGCAAGGAGCUCUAUAUGGGCAACUCUGGGCAUUAAAAAUGACAAGGCGGACUCAAUCAGUAGUGGAGGGCUUUUCAAGGCCUUCCAAUCCAAGGCAGAUGACAAGAACCAUACAGUAGAGACCUCUCAGGUCUUGCAUGCCAACCCUGCAGCAUUGUCACGGUCACUGAACUUCCAUGAGAGCUCGUAGAUCAAUAGGUAAUUGAAAAUAUGUUGUUGGGAGUUUCGGCUCAUGGAGGGAGUUUGGGCCAUUGAGCUUUAUACAGCUCCAUCAGAGAUUAAGUCGCUGAAAAGGGUUGCAUUGAAGGAAUGGGCUCAGCAGCCACGGCAUGACAAAGGUUGAAGGAACAUCUCUGGUUUCCUUAGUAGGAAUCUUGAAGCGGCUCAAGACAGCUACUAGUUUGAGCUCUUUUGUAGCAAUACGAAGUAUGAACAGUCCUUUGCUUAGUUCUAAUGGUUUGGCGAGUUUGUGUAAAUGUAUAUACAUCUAUAUGAGAUAGUGAGAAAAUGAGAGAGAGGGAUUCUAAGAUGUACCCAAAUAAACUUAUGAAUCUAACUUCUUUUUCCUCAA